GGAUGCCCCCAACUGUGAGAGAGACGUUACUGGAAGCUGCUAGAUAUGAUGAAACACCAAGAAACACACACUGCUGACGCGUGAAUGCGAUGAAUAUAAGUGAAACUUCAGUUUGACGUGCAGCCUUAAACUCCUCUGAAGCUUCCGAACCGAGUUAGACACUCACAUUAACUUUAAUGUUAGCAUUAGCAUUAGCCAGGACGAGGAAGUGACUCCCAACAGCUGACUGAACUCACAGUAAGUUUGCUGUUUUUGCCAUCAUGAGGAACAGGCCGAGGGGAUCCCAGCUGGGCUUGAUGCUCCUGGCCUCUCAGGUGUUUCAGGUGGGGCUGAACAACAUCCCUCCCGUCACUCUGGCUGUUCUGGGGCUCAACGUGUACCUUUACCUGUUCCCCGCUGCUCCACUGAUGAAGGCCUGCGUGAGUGUCCAGCAGGCGUACUGGUUGAAAGACUGGCGCCGGCUUCUCCUUUCCCCGCUGCACCAUGCCGAUGACUGGCAUCUGUACUUCAACAUGGUGUCCUUCCUCUGGAAAGGAACCCGGCUGGAGCGCCGGCUGGGGGGAGCCUGGUUCCUCUACCUGCUGUCGGUCUUCUCUCUGCUCACCGGCUUGGUCUAUCUGGUGUUGGAGGCCGUUUUAACAGAGCUCACCCAGGAACAGUCCUACAGCUUAGCCUGUGCUGUUGGCUUCUCAGGUGUCCUAUUUGCUCUGAAGGUGCUCAACAACCAUUACCACCCUGGAGGUGUGACCUACGUGUAUGGUUUCCCCGUAUCUAACAGCUACGCUAGCUGGGUGGAGCUAAUCCUGAUCCACAUUACAUCACCUGGAACCUCUUUCGUUGGCCACCUGGCAGGUAUCCUGGUCGGUCUGCUUUACACCAGUGGACCGCUGAAGCCCAUCAUGAAGAAAUGUGCAGCGUUUGUGACAUCGAACGGAUAUACCACGCGGCCCGCUUCAUACUACAACUCUUCAGGAUCUUCAGGCUACAGUGGUGGCGGCGGAGGAUACUCUGGAAGCCAUCAGUAUGCACCACACCACACGACGGACCAUACAGCACCGUACACAGGUGGACUGACGGAGGAGGAGCAGUUGGACGCGGCCAUCAGAAACAGUCUGAACGACGGAGGACAAGCCAACCAGAGAGGAGCUCCUCCUCCGUACGGCUUCAACCUCUCCGAGGAGGCCACAGCGGAGGAAAUCAGGCAGAGGAGGCUGAGGAGGUUUGACAGCUGAACCGCCAGGCAGCAGCAGGAGAGAAGACAAACGCUUUGUUGACAAGACGCAAGAAGUCUGGUUCAGACUCUGCUCCCACAGACUGAUGAAGAAGCGUCCUGAAUAAGAAGGUGUAGCCACACAGCCUCACACAUCUACGAGCUCUGUUACUGUGUGGUUGUAUUUGUUAAGCAUCGCCGUCCAGGUGACGUCAUGCUGCUGAGCUGUGAAAAGGCGUUUCAGUGUCUGUAUUGAUGCACAAGCUGUCUUCGGAGGUUCUGAUGUGGGAUUUAUGGGGAGACUUCAGACAUGCUGUUAGAUGUAUAAUAGUUAGUAGACUGCAAAUGCUGCUUAUGCAAUUUACAAUAUGUUCUUGGAUUUGAGAAAUGCUAAGUGGAGGUCAAGCACUACCAUAUUUAGACCUGCUGGUGUUCUGUUUUCACAAAUACAAUCCAAAUUUCAAAAGAUUCGUUUGAACAGCAGUAAACAUUUGCGAGGAAAUCUAGUAAAAAAAAAUCUAACGUCGAAGAGUGUAUUGGGAAUUAUCAACCCUUAAAUUUACCCUUAAGUUCCAAAAAACUUAUGGGUAGGGAAAACCAGCUUCAGAGUCGUGAGCAGAAAAUACAUCGACAUGUGACACGGCUUGAUGCAGACGCUAACGUGGAAGCUGGAGCGGCUUCUCAUCUCAACAGGCCUUUACUUCUUUACCCAACUUCAAAAGGCAAUGUUGGGGGAAAACUGGGGAAAUAAAGCUGGAAUUAAAAUUUUAAAGGAUGAAAAUUAAAUUACUUUUUUGUCCCUCCUCUCGAGAUGUUACAUCUGAACCAGCCAGUAUUUUCAAAGUUGCACUUGUGGUUCUCUCCAGGCUACCCGUCAUAUCCUGACUCAUUGUUGUUUGUCUUGUUAGAUGAGCCUUCUUAGAUUACCACAACAUCGCACUAUAUCGUACCAAACUGCCUUACGCUUCUGUUUCUAUGGUUGAUGAAUGCUCUCUUGAUUUACAUAUGUUUUCGUAAAUAAAUGUUCUUUUUAGCACACAAA